CGCAACAGUUCACAUGGUGCUUGGUGAAUAAAUGGCUCCGUGCUCGCGACAGAAUGGCGAUUUCGUUCAGCGCUUCCCAGAUUUUCCGUGAAGAGGCAGCAGCCGCACUCCAUGACGAAAAGGCCGGCCAUCAGUGACUCGCCGGCGCUUUCGGCUCCAACGUUGGUGCUGCUGCGGUGGCGACAAUGACCAGGAGUGAAGCUGGCUCCCGCUUCAGUUCCAUGACGGGCUCCAGCACCGACAGCGCGCGAUCUAGCAUCACGGUGCAGCCGGCUCAGUCGAUGUCGUGCGGCCCCCGACGAACUCGCCGUCGAAACGGGCAUCUCAGCAACCGUUUCGGAUCGGAUCCGGAGUAUUGUCGAUUCUGCCGUUUCCGUCUCAGGAGGACUUGUUUUCGGGAGAGAGAAGCAAAACUCGGUCUCCUUUUGUCGAUAAACACCAAAUUAGACAGUCCGAUUUGGAGGGCUUCCUCUUCUUCUCAGACUCAGGGCCCCCCCCCCCCCGACUGCUCUCACCCAACGGCGCCGGGGUGGAUCCAAGGUGUUGCGGCCAUUAUGGGAGCUGUGUUUUUGACCGCGACCCGGCCUUGAUGUCUUUUGGAAAAAGUGUUUUGGACAAAAAUGUGUUGUGGACUCUGAAAAUCACACACACCUCCCUCUGUAGGCCUCUCGCCUUCCUCCAACCGGAAAAUGCUU